AUGCGGGCGGUGCGGGCGACACCUGCGGCUCCUCUCGGUGGCGGCCGUCGCCUGGGCGGCAGCAUCACGACAACUUUUUGCGGAUUGUUCUUGCUUCCAGGUUUUGCGCUGCAAAUUCAGUGCUACCAGUGUGAAGAAUUCCAGCUGAACAACGACUGCUCCUCCCCUGAGUUCAUCGUGAAUUGCACGGUGAAUGUUCAAGAUAUGUGUCAGAAAGAAGUGAUGGAGCAAAGUGCGGGGAUCAUGUACCGCAAGUCGUGUGCGUCCUCAGCGGCCUGUCUCAUCGCCUCUGCUGGGUACCAGUCUUUCUGCUCCCCAGGGAAACUGAACUCAGUGUGCAUCAGCUGCUGCAAUACCCCUCUUUGCAACGGGCCGAGGCCCAAGAAACGGGGCAGCUCUGCUUCGGCCCUCAGGCCAGGGCUCCCCACCACCAUCCUGCUCCUCAAGUUAGCCCUGUCCUUGGCACACUGUUGA